UCCCCUUGCCCGCCCGGAGCGCUCGCGUCCACCGGGUAGCGCCCUGGACGGCCGAAGACGCCUUACGGGUAAGGACGGAAGCCGGGGCAGGGCCGACCCUAGAGCCUGCCCAGCCCCGAGAGGCAGGACCCCCCUGCGGCGGUCCCUGGAGGGGCCCCGGAGCGAGGAGCUGCCCCGCGCAGGCGGCCGUGCGUCCGCCCUCGGAGCUUUGGGCGAACAGCAAGGACGUUUGCACUGGGCUAGACGCACCAUUCGGGACAGAACAGAAGAACAAGAUGGAAAAUCUGCUCCUUUGGCUGGUGCUCUUCACCCCCGGCUGGACUUUCCUUGAUGGAUUGGAAGUGGCGCAGGAUUUGACGUGGCGCGUGAGGGAAGUUCCGCAGGUGGUGAGGGAAGGCACUUUCCCCCUCGCCAGCCCCUGGUUUGAGGGAGAUGCCAAGGUUCUGCCAAGCAGAAUGUGUGGCAUCGAGUGUCAGAAGGAGCAGCCGGCUCCCAGCCUUUCUGAGCUGGAGGAUUCUCUCUCCUACGAGACGGUCUUUGAGAACGGCACCCGCACCCUGACCAGGGUGAAGGUUCAAGGCUUGGUCGUGGAGCCCACUCGGAAUGGCACGGCGGCAGGGGCGCCCCCGAGGAGGAGGAGCAGGAGACAGGUGUACGGCACGGACAGCAGGUUCAGCAUCCUGGACGCGAGGUUCCUCACCAACUUCCCCUUCAGCACCGCCGUGAAGCUCUCCACCGGCUGCAGCGGCGUCCUCAUUUCGCCCACGCACGUCCUGACAGCCGCCCACUGCGUCCACGAUGGCAAGGACUACGUGAAAGGGAGCAAGAAGCUAAGAGUAGGGCUGCUGAAGAUGAGAAAGAAAGGCGGUGGCAGGAAGCGCAGAGGCUCCAAGAGGAACAAGAGGGAAGCGAAUGAUGGCGACCAAAGAGAUAGCAUCAGAGAGAGUCUGCAGGAGAGAGCUCAGGGCGCAAGACGAAAAAAGGGCUCUGGGGGGCGUUGGAGAGGAGCAGAGGGGAGGCCCACCUUCCAGUGGACCCGGGUCAAAAGAACCUACAUCCCGAAAGGCUGGGCCAGAGGAGACAGCGGGGACCCUGCCCUGGGCUAUGACUAUGCUCUCCUGGAGCUGAAGCGCGCGCAGAGGAAGACCUUCAUGGAGCUGGGCAUCAGUCCGGCCAUCAAGAAGGUGCCCGGCGGGAUGAUCCACUUCUCCGGCUUUGAUAAGGACAGGGCCGAUCAGCUGGUCUACCGGUUUUGCAGCGUGUCCGACGAGUCCAGCGAUCUCCUCUACCAGUACUGCGACGCCGAGUCGGGCUCCACCGGCUCUGGGGUCUAUCUGCGUCUGAAGGAGCCCGCCAGCAAGAAGUGGAAGCGCAGGGUGAUCGCGGUCUACUCAGGCCACCAGUGGGUGGACGUGCACGGCGGGCAGCAGGACUACAACGUGGCCGUGCGCAUCACGCCCCUCAAGUACGCCCAGCUCUGCCUCUGGGUCCACGGCACGGGGGCUGACUGUGCUUACGACUGAGGCUGCAGGAGGUUCCGCGGGGGCUGAAGCCAGAAGCCAGCCAGAGGACUGUUCUGAUGAUUCAGGAGGCCACCUCCCAGUUCUGCCUGGGCUGCAGUCUCUCAGCAGCAUUUCAACAUUUUCCCAAAUUUACUGGUCAAAAUUAGGCUAUUUUCGCACAAUCUGAAGUGUUUAGGUACCAAAAAAAUGUUUAGAUACAGGUAUUGAAACAGCGGAUGAACUCUUCAAUGCGGCAUAUAGGCUCUACACAGUGGUAAGUUUUGUUUGCAAGAUUUGUGUAGCCCUUUAUCUUCCUAGAAGCUAGGCACGCUUUAAGACUCCAUACUGCUACCAUGACACAUGACUUCUUACUGGACUUCUAAGAAGCCUCUAAUAGGGUACUAGCUGGGCAUAAAAUGUGAAACUGCAUAUACAAAAAAUAGCGAUGCAACUCCAUUCAGGAGGCGAGGAAGGCUUGCAGUGUGCCUUGCUUUCCGAUGGAGCCAGGCAGCUCAGGCCCGCCGUGGUUGGUUUUCUCUUGGGUCGGAGAAAUACAGGUUUUUGAUUUUGUUUUAAAGAACUACACAUCAGAGGAAAUGGCAAACUACUGCUUUAAACAAGAGAAACUGCAGCAUCUAUUUAAAAUGGGAUACUUUGUUCUAUGAAAAAAAUUAGCUCAGACAUAAAUGAGACAUUUUAAAGUGUCAAGCUUUUAUUUAAAACUCAAAAUAUGAACUUUUUGUGUAGGUGUAGGGAAGAGACUUCACAAAAGAUCAUGUAUUGAUAACCAAGGUGCUAUAUUUCUAAGGUAAGGAAUUUUGUAAUUUCUUUCAAAGAGGGCUUUCCCCCCUUGACCAAGUUUUUCUUUUCUUCCUUUCAUGUCCCCUCCACCCCUCCACCAUCUGUGCUGGGAUCAAACUCAGGGCCUCCGACUGGCCAGAAAAGUGCUCCAAAUGAAACUUUCUUAAUAGGAUCUUAGAAUACAUUUUUGGGGUCAAUUUCUGAUUAGUAAUUUUAGAUGUGUCCUUUACUAAGUAUUUUAUAACUUACAAACAGAAUUUUUUUAAAGACAGUAUCUUGUUAUGCA